ACGAAUAAUGUCCUGCAUUUGUCUGGGUCCCAAGCGUUCGGGCAAGACCCACCUGCUGAAGGCCCUGCAGGAGCCAGACUCGAUUGACGAGACAAGCUACUCGAUGCCCACCAUUGGAACGGGCAUCUAUCGCAUUCAUUUUCCCACCAAAUCGCCGAAUAGCGACAAGCCAAAGCCCCCGCCAGCGGAUGGAGCCACACAGGCACACCACCACCACAACCACGGCGGUAAGCAUCUGCCCAAGUCCAUUCAGAUCCUGGAGAUUGGCGGCAGCAUGGCACCGCUGUGGCGGCAGUACUUUGAGGACGUGAAGAAGCUGAUCUAUGUGGUGGACACCUCCAAUCUCUGCCAGAUAUCGGCUGCUGGCGUGCUCUUCUACUCCAUUCUCACGGAGCCCCGCCUGCAGAAGGUGAAGAUCCUGCUGGUGCUGGCCAAAAUGGAUUACUCCUAUCGGCAGAUGCGCAAUGAGGCAUUGCUCAUGCUGCAAAUGUCCAAGCUGCAGAAGCAGAUACGCCAGCAGGUGACCAUUGUGGAGGCCAGUGCGGUGACCAAGGUGGGCCUGGAUCCCAUCUACGAUUGGCUGCAAAGGCCGUAGGCGACGAAGCUCAAAUCAAA